CCGCGGCGGAGCGUCCCCGCCGCCCGCGCCGCAUAAGGCCAAGGCUUUCCGACUUCAGCUACAGUGCUGGCUAAGUCGGGGAAGGCAACACGGAGAGAGCCGCGCGUCCCCCCCUCCUGUCGGCAGCGGGCAGCGGCGGAUCGGGCCGGCAUGGCGCGGGCAGCGGAGCCGCAGGGCCGGCGGCGCGGCGGAUCUGUGGUUGCCUAUUUUACGUCUGCAAAGUUUCUUCUUUAUCUUGGGCAUGCACUGUCCACUUGGGGAGAUCGCAUGUGGCAUUUUGCUGUGUCCGUGUUCCUGGUGGAACUUUAUGGGAACAGCUUACUCCUGACUGCGGUCUAUGGACUGGUUGUGGCGGGAUCUGUUCUUCUCCUGGGGGCCCUUAUUGGAGACUGGGUGGACAAGAACUCCAGGCUCAAAGUGGCCCAGACAUCCUUGAUCGUACAGAAUGCAUCUGUCAUCCUGUGUGGUAUUAUCCUGAUGAUUAUCUUCUUGUUUAAGACACAACUCUUGACAUUAUACCAUGGAUGGCUUCUUACGGUGUGCUAUAUCCUGGUUAUCACAAUAGCAAAUAUUGCCAAUUUGGCCAGCACUGCCACAGCAAUCACAAUUCAGAGGGACUGGAUUGUUGUGGUUGCAGGGGAAGACAGAAGCAAACUGGCAGAUAUGAAUGCCACAAUAAGAAGAAUUGAUCAGUUGACCAACAUCUUGGCUCCAAUGGCGGUUGGUCAGAUAAUGACGUUUGGCUCCCCGAUGAUUGGCUGUGGAUUCAUUUCUGGCUGGAACCUGAUGUCGAUGUGUGUGGAAUAUCUGCUGCUCUGGAAGGUUUAUCAGAAAACCCCUACUCUGGCUCUCAAAUCUGCCAAAGUUGAAGAAUCAGAACUGAAACAGCUGAAUGUAACAAAAGAGAGUGACAUGAAACCUGCUGAAGGAGUGCAGUUAAUUGUUGAGAAAGAUGUAACUGGCUUUGAGCCCCCACAGGAGAAGGAAGUCGGCUGCGCCGCCCGCAUUGCUGAACCCUUCAUAACGUUCCGCGACGGAUGGGUCGCGUACUACAACCAGCCGGUGUUUCUCGCAGGCAUGGGUCUUGCAUUUCUGUACAUGACUGUUCUGGGCUUUGAUUGUAUCACUACAGGCUAUGCAUACACUCAGGGGCUGAGUGGCUCCGUGCUAAGCCUCCUCAUGGGUGCCUCGGCAGUCACUGGAAUCAUGGGAACAGUAGCUUUCACUUGGCUUCGUCGCAAGUGUGGCCUCAUCCGCACAGGCCUCAUUUCUGGAGCUGCUCAGUUUGCUUGUCUGAUCUUAUGUGUCAUCUCUGUAUUUAUGCCUGGAAGUCCUAUGGAUUUGACUGUUUCCCCAUUUGCUGACAUCAGUGCCAGGCUGUUUGAAAAUGAGCCAUUACCUACUAUAGCAUCUCCAGAACCUGAAAUGAUUUUGGCAACUGGAAUGCCCAACUUGUUAAACGGGUCUACUACUCCUGCUAACAGCGACCCAGAGACGAGUCCUGAGCCCGUGCCUUUGAUCUCUGUCAGUCUCCUGUUUGCAGGAGUCAUUGCUGCUAGAGUUGGCCUUUGGUCCUUUGAUUUGACUGUCACACAGUUACUCCAGGAAAAUGUGGUAGAAUCUGAAAGAGGCAUCAUAAAUGGUGUCCAAAACUCCAUGAAUUAUCUUCUUGAUUUGCUGCACUUCAUCAUGGUCAUCUUGGCUCCAAACCCUGAAGCUUUUGGCUUAUUGGUGCUUAUUUCUGUGUCUUUUGUUGCAAUGGGCCACAUAAUGUACUUCAGAUUUGCCCAAAAAACCUUGGGAAAACAACUGUUUGUUUGUCGCACUCCUGAUCCCAAAACAGCCCCUGACAGUUCACCACCUGGUAAUACAUCUACUGUCUGAAAGGAUCCACUUCACUUACUAACUUUGCUGCACAAAUAUCAUGGUUAAGCAUGUAUACUCCCUUUUUAU